AUGCUGCUGACGUUCAACAGCUGUGACAAAGAUGGAAAGGAAUCAACCACACCAGAUACGCCACUUUCGACGGAUUUAUCUCAUCUUUCCAGUAGUGGGACUCCUACCGCCUUUCCCGUCUUCCGUCAACACGAAGCAGGCCUGAAGAAGUCAGCCGUGUUGAAAAAACGGUCAAAGGGAUGUAUCACGUGUAAAGUGAGAAAGAAGGGCUGUGAUCAGAUGAGACCUGUGUGUGGCUCGUGUGCUCGUUUGAACAGGGUCUGUAAAUACCGGGAGGAUGGGAUGACUGAGGAGGACGUGAGGAGAACAAAGGAAAAGUUGCGGUUGCUUGAGGAAGACGCAAAAAAAUCCAAGAGAAGAAAGCCUAAUGCGAGCCCUUCAGCCAGAGAAAAUCCAGUCAAAUCCGAGCAAAAGCCGAAGAAGGUACAGCAGAUAGAUGCCAUCAGCCAGGAGUCGAGGGUAGUUUUCAAUCCCUUAAGUCCCUCCUUCAUCAACUACUUUUCCAGAGACGAUACGCCGACGAGUUUCAAUCUGAUGGACACCCCAAGCGGAGCGAGUUCUCUCAGUCAUUUGCCGAUCAAUCACUACGGCGAAAACUUCAACAGUCGCGAGUACAACAAUACCGAUCCCUCUGGGAGCACGCAUGCACCGAAAAGCCAAAUCCACAUGGAUGGUGUUAAGACGAUAGCAUCGCCAUCUCAGGACUAUCUUAGUCUGGAGGAAAGUCUGACGCCUGACUUUUCCAUUUUUCGCGAAAUGGCUCCCGAAUUUGCGAAAGCUUUCCAGAACGCACUGAUCUAUGAGCCGGUUUUGAGUCAUCAAAACUCUCCCCAGAUAGAGGAGGUUUCCGAGGUUCCAGUCCAUGAUAUCUAUCCUACAAACCCAGAGCCAAAGAUAUACCAUGCUCCAUCGAUGGUUCAGUCGACAACCCUUUCCACCUUGGGUCCUCUUGGGCGUCGGCUGUUUGCCUAUUAUCGAGAUCAUCUUGCGGUGCAGAUUUCUACUGUGCCUAACGAAGAGAACCUCUUUUUAACUUCGUUUUUGCCUAUGGCCCAUUGCGAUUUUGGUGUGUUAUACGGUAUAUUGGGAUGGAGUGCUUUCCGCAUUGGCGGAGAGUCAAUGGAGAAGAAAGGAACGUUCUUCAUCUCCAAGGCCUUGGAUUAUAUGAGGGCCAGUCCUAUAUUGGUUGACGAUGAAAAAGACCCAAACUACCUGGCUGAUGUUAAGCAGACAAUUGACCUGAACGAGGAGGAGGAGCAGGAGUUGGCGAACGAGUCAAACGAAAAACGUGCGCUUGAACUAUCGAAAACUGCAGAAAAGUUUGCUCUUAGGGAUAGGAUAGAUAUGAGGUUUGCCUCGUAUCUCAUUAUGAUUGGAGCCGAGGUAUGUCGUGGUGAUGUGACCAACUGGUUCAAGUACCUUGAGUAUGGAGCUAAACUCAUUAAACAUUCGGGUGGGGUAUACGAGUACGGUCGCGAAUCGCGAGACAGACACUUUUUGGUGAGUUCAUAUGCUUACCAUGAUAUGCAGUCAUCAUCCGUGAACGAAAGAUCUCUUCAUUUCAGCAUCGAAGAUUACGACUCAGUGUGGGAUUUUUUCGAUUUCGGAAUAGAUGCUCUACAUGGGCUCUCCAAGCCCCUAUACGGUUUGAUCGCUAAGAUCAACGAAUUAUCGAUGAAAUCAAGAAUAAUGAUGAAGAAAGUCACCAGUUCGAUACAAAAAAAGUCUCAGAGUCCAACGGCAACCUCACCCUUGGAUGAUAAGUCCUCUUCUUCUAGCGUGGAUUUUUACGCAAACCAACUAUCCCAGUUCGAUGAGGCAGAACAGGCGCUUUUUCAAACCAGGUACGAGGUAUUGAAGUGGGUCCACGAUAAAUCCAGGGAACUGGACAAAAGUUUAGAGGAAGCAAAACCGAACCUGAAUAACAUCAUGGGUCUUUCGAGCAAAGAGCUUGAGUUACAGCUGACGUUAUUCGAGAUAUUCCAACUCACUGCCAAGAUUCACCUGAAUCAAUCUGUUAACAAGGUGAACCAAUCAUGUCUGGAAAUCCAGUACUUGAACACGCAAUUGAUUGAACGUCUGGACGUCGUCUUAGGCACUCCGGUGGAGUGCUGUCUGUGUUUCCCUCUGUUCAUUGCUGGUAUGAACUGUAUUACAGAGAGAGACAGAGACUUAAUGAGGUCCAGAUUCGAGAACUUGAAAAGGAGGUAUUCCUGGAAGAACGUUGAUCGUGCAGAGAUCAUCAUGCUGAAGUUCUGGGAGCUGAACCCUACUGGUGAAAGAUUUGUAGACUGGUAUGGGAUAGUCAAGGACUUAGGCUGGGACUUAUCGUUUGCGUAA